AGACUAGAGUUUAGAUGAUGCACAAAGCAAGAAGUCACUUUCCCACUGUUCUCCAAACUGACUCGCGCACAAUCUGGGGAAAAAAAAUCAUUUUAGAAUCUAAGAUAGCUGCUGAGUUGGACUCGCGAGUUUGGAGCUGUUUAUUUUUUCUCGCGCUUACAGAAACAUACUGGAUUUUAACUAUGACCAUCAUUAAGCCAUAUUGUGUGUCGCGUCUCUUUUUUUCGCUCGAAUCGGUGGUGCAAAUCUGAUCCAAAAUGAAGUUUGGGAAGAAUAUAUGCAUCCUAAACGUUGGUGGCACUAAGUAUGCUUUCACCAGAGAAGUUAUAAAGGAUUUUCCCCUGCGAAGAGUGAGCAGACUCCACAGCUGUUCCUCAGAAAAAGAGGUCUUGGAGGUUUGUGAUGAUUAUGACCGAGAGAGGAACGAGUUUUUCUUCGACAGGCACUCCGAGGCGUUUGUCUUUAUUAUGCUUUACGUGCGAUCUGGAAAGCUUAGGUUCGUCCCGCAGAUGUGCGAGCUUUCCUUUUACAACGAGAUGAUCUACUGGGGCCUGGAGAGCUCGCAUUUGGAGUUUUGUUGCCAGCGGCGACUGGAGGAUAGGAUGUCCGACACUUACACGUACUUUUCGGAGGAGGACAUCAAGGCAGAGGUGGAGUCCAGAGGUGAGGAGGAUCAGGUCACCCGGUUCGCCUCUGAGGGAGGGAACGCGCGGUGGCUGGAGAGGAUGAGGAGGACUUUUGAGGAACCAGCUUCCUCUGUCGCUGCGCAGAUCCUGGCAUCCGUGUCAGUGGUUUUUGUCAUUAUGUCUAUGGUCAUCCUUUGCGCGAGCACUCUGCCGGACUGGGAUACAGCAAAAAACAACACGGUGGAAGAACACAGGAUCAUCGAGGCAGUAUGCAUUGGCUGGUUCACUGCCGAAUGCAUAGUGCGCUUCAUUGUCUCACGGGACAAAUGUGAGUUUGUGUGCUGCCCCCUUAACAUUAUUGACCUCCUGGCGAUCACGCCUUACUACGUGUCUGUCGCUGUGACAGCGCUGACAGGAGAAAACCCUCAACUACAGCGAGCAGGAGUCACCCUGCGUGUACUACGAAUGAUGCGCAUCUUUUGGCUUAUAAAGCUGGCGCGUCACUUCCUCGGGCUGCAGACGCUCGGGCUUACGCUGCGCAGGUGUUACCGCGAAAUGGUCAUGCUGCUGGUGUUUGUCUUCGUCGCAAUGGCGAUAUUCAGCGCCCUGGCACAGCUGUUGGAGCAUGGCCUUGACCUGGAGACUAGCAAUGAGGACUACGCCAGCAUUCCGGCAGCCUGCUGGUGGGUUAUUAUCUCCAUGACGACUGUCGGCUAUGGAGACAUGUACCCCAUCACCAUUCCUGGACGCGUGCUGGGUGGCGUGUGUGUCGUGAGUGGCAUUGUGCUUCUGGCUCUGCCCAUUACCUUUAUCUACCACAGCUUUGUGCAGUGCUACCACGAACUCAAAUUCCGCUCAGCACGGUGCGUGCGAAGUCUCUCUUCUGAGUUUCUCAAUUAACUGUAGCAUAGAUCGUCCUGAGAACUUGCUGGUCUUCAGCUUAGUAAUAUCACCUGCUCUUCUGUGCCUUUAUAUUAAAUCAAGAUUCUGAAAUAUAGUUUAAGGAACACGCUACGUCUGAUGUGGAAAAAUCAGCAUUUAGACUCUCUGUGCGGACCUAUUAUAUCCAAAUAAUAACACAAGUACCUCUGUCCUCAAGGACACAUGGAAUUCAUUGAUUUUGUACAAUACAGCCAUCUGGAGCAAUUCCUGUCCAUCCUGGGGCUAAAAGAAUUGUACAAAAGAGGCAAAUCCCCAGCCCAAAGCUGGAAAGUGCACAAUAAAGCAUUACGAUCCAAAGGAAAUACAUUAGCCAAUGUUUAUGUUGUAACCCCCUUCUUGUGUGAACAAACAAAACCGAUCCAACAGCAUUUCCUGUGUAUGAAAUGGACAACUGUGGCAUUUGACAACUACAGAUGGCCAGGCUGCCUGGAACGGGCAUCUGGUGGGACCUUGUGUCCUGACAGUGCUCAGCCUAGAAGGAGCUUACACGAAUUCUCAUGUUUCCAUGGAGAGGUCCCCUUGACUUGCUAAAUCAUUAAUUCAGCUCCCAAUAAAGUGCAAAGCAAGGGAAACUAAAGUAAAAAGGUUUUAGAGUGGCCAAAUAGAAGCAUCUGAGCAUAAUAUGGAAGCAAAUACUGUGAAAAGGCCUGCUUACACCAAGGACGGUAACUAAUAUGAUAAUGAUAAAGAUAAAGAUAAGUCCCCCUGCAGUCAAUGAUUUAACUCCUUUAUCCUUUAAAAC